GUGAGUUCAGCCUUAGCCAGAUUCAGAAGAUAUGUCUAAACCUCACGUUUCCAAUCACAUUACGUGAACAAAUAACAGAGGGGGCAGACAGCCAGAAAAUCUUGUAUAACUUUUUAAAAUGUGCCAGAAACUUUAAAAACUCCCAUCCCUCCUCCUCUUUCCCCACUCCAAGCACCAGCAAAAAUUUACCAAGUUGAGAAGCAUUUUGCUCCUCUGCUGCCUAAUAACCAUCUUGCUGCUACCCUAAUUUAACAGCUGCAUCAUCCACAUCUCAUUUAAAAAAAUAUAUAUUUUUUCUUUUAAUUUUCCCCCCCAAUAUUUAAUUGUUUUUAUUUUGUUUGAGUGUGUGUGGAGAGAUGAUUAGAUUAGGUUGUGGAUUAAGGGGCAUUAUGUUUGUAAUACAGCUUGCUGUGUUUCUACAGUGUAUAUUGCAAGGCAUUUGCCAGCAGCAGAGGAAUCAGCAUGGUCCCAGUGCCCUGUUCAGACAGAGGGUCCAGUGGCAGAACAAUGGGAGGGUGUUCAGCUUGCUGAGCCACGGCUCUGAGUACCAGCCUGCCAGGAGAAGGGCCCCUGUAUCCAGGGCACCAGACAGCCCACUGCUCAUUCUCAGCAGCAGAAACAGCACCAGCAUCUCUACCGGAGAGAGACCACCCCAGCCCAGACCUCAGCCCUCGCAGGAUGGAGACUUCCAGCAAAGGGCUACCCAACAGCAGACAAGGGGUUCCUCUGGCUCUCGCUUCUGGUUCCAGGCAGCAGGGAGAGCGAGCAGCCCAGUUGAUGCUGCUGGGAGACAAAGGAGCCGAGGAGAAGGUGGCCAGACCGCUGACUCCCAUCAAGCUCAGGCAGUCAAUGGCACAGGAGGCGCCAGAGCCAGGCUGGAUGUAAUGCAGGGAGACGAUCCGUACAACCCAUACAAGUACGGGGAUGACAAUCCUUACUACAACUACUAUGACACGUACGAGAGAUCCAGGCAGACUGAGAGGGGGAGACCUGGCUAUGGCACUCGCUACUUCCAAAAUGGUAAGAAUUAAGGAACUAGGAAUAGAUAUUCAUGUUUUUGUCAAAUCGUUAGCCAGAUCCUUUUAAAGUACGCACAUAUUUUUAGAUCUCGUGUGAGAAUAGACCUGCAUUCCAUUUGCAGUUAAAUCGAGAGACUUUCUGAAGUUCCUUUAGGGGGAAACAUUGUUUCAAGUGUUUUGAAUGAGCUCCCUGCACACUGCAAGGGGAGGGAUGUUAGAACAAAGCUGGAUCAAAUUAUAUUGAUCCUUCCACUGCAAGUGUUUUUUAAAACCCUGAAAAUUCCCUUUAUUAUACAUUAUAUUGUAGUUAGAAAAAACUCAAUCUUCCUUUAAUUACCGUAUCUCUGUGAAAGAAUGAAGUUAAUUAAACACCCUAACUCUUAUUCUAUUUAUAUUUAAUGCAUCCAAUAUGAUCAUGUCUUUUAGUCUAUUAUUGUAUAACAGGAGUAGCAAAAAAAAAAAAAAAGUUCUUUUUGGCUCUCUGACUCUUUUAGAACUGCUAUUCCAAUGGUGCCUCAUGGGAAUUGUAGUCAUUCAGCAGCUGGGAAUCUGUCUUUUGACCACCCCUGUUCUCUAGUACUGUACACGGAUAUGUUGCUAAACAGGCUGUUAAAACCCAUUAAACCCUAUAUGUUGCUAUGUGUGUUCCCUGGUGUUCACACUGAUUGUAUGAAUCUCAUUGUAACGUGGCAAGCUGCAACACCGCUCUCAAUGUUUAGCUGCUCCAUAAGGCAUUGUCAUGCUGUCACAUAGAAAUACACAAGAUGCUUUCUAUAUACAGUUACUUUUUUAAGGUUUACUUUCAUUCCUUCCAAACAUUACAAAGCUGAAAAUAUUCCACUUUAAAGCAGAAAAGAAUUUAAUUAAUACAAUUAUAUAUAUAUACAAAUUAUUUUAUUGCAUCGAUUUGUUUUGUUGUAUGGGUUUUGGAUAUGUCUGCAAAUAAAAAGAAAAUCAUUGUCAGUUUACAUAGUGUUUAGAUAUACAUAGUGUUUAGAUAUACUUAGUGUUAAGAUAUACAUACACAGGGUUUAGAUAUACAUAGGGUUUAGAUAUGCAUACAUAGGGUUUAGAUAUACUUAGUGUUUAGAUAUACAUAGUGUUUAGAUAUACUUAGUGUUUAGAUAUACAUCCAUAGUGUUUAGAUAUACAUAGUGUUUAGAUAUACAUCCAUAGUGUUUAGAUAUACUUAGUGUUAAGAUAUACAUACACAGGGUUUAGAUAUACUUAGUGUUUAGAUAUACUUAGUGUUUAGAUAUACUUAGUGUUUAGAUAUACAUGCAUAGUGUUUAGAUAUACUUAGUGUUUAGAUAAGCAUGCAUAGGGUUUAGAUAUACAUAGUGUUUAGAUAUACAUACAUAGGGUUUAGAUAUACAUAGUGUUCAGAUAUACUUAGUGUUUAGAUAUACUUAGUGUUUAGAUAUACAUACAUAGGGUUUAGAUAUACAUAGCGUUCAGAUAUACAUAGUGUUCAGAUAUACUUAGUGUUUAGAUAUACUUAGUGUUUAGAUAUACAUACAUAGGGUUUAGAUAUACAUAGUGUUUAGAUAUACAUACAUAUACUUAGUGUUAAGAUAUACAUACACAGGGUUUAGAUAUACAUAGGGUUUAGAUAUGCAUACAUAGGGUUUAGAUAUACUUAGUGUUUAGAUAUACAUAGUGUUUAGAUAUACUUAGUGUUUAGAUAUACAUCCAUAGUGUUUAGAUAUACAUAGUGUUUAGAUAUACAUCCAUAGUGUUUAGAUAUACUUAGUGUUAAGAUAUACAUACACAGGGUUUAGAUAUACAUAGGGUUUAGAUAUACUUAGUGUUUAGAUAUACUUAGUGUUUAGAUAUACAUGCAUAGUGUUUAGAUAUACUUAGUGUUUAGAUAAGCAUGCAUAGGGUUUAGAUAUACUUAGUGUUUAGAUAUGCAUACAUAGGGUUUAGAUAUACAUAUAGCAUACAUCAGAUAUACAUAGUGUUCAGAUAUACUUAGUGUUUAGAUAUACUUAGUGUUUAGAUAUACAUACAUAGGGUUUAGAUAUACAUAGCGUUCAGAUAUACAUAGUGUUCAGAUAUACUUAGUGUUUAGAUAUACUUAGUGUUUAGAUAUACAUACAUAGGGUUUAGAUAUACAUAGCGUUCAGAUAUACAUAGUGUUCAGAUAUACUUAGUGUUUAGAUAUACUUAGUGUUUAGAUAUACAUACAUAGGGUUUAGAUAUACAUAGCGUUCAGAUAUACAUAGUGUUCAGAUAUACUUAGUGUUUAGAUAUACUUAGUGUUUAGAUAUACAUACAUAGGGUUUAGAUAUACAUAGCGUUCAGAUAUACUUAGUGUUUAGAUAUAUAUACAUAGGGUUUAGAUAUACAUAGUGUUUAGAUAUACUUAGUGUUUAGAUAUACAUGCAUAGUGUUUAGAUAUACUUAGUGUUUAGAUAAGCAUACAUAGGGUUUAGAUAUACUUAGUGUUUAGAUAUGCAUACAUAGGGUUUAGAUAUACUUAGUGUUUAGAUAUACAUGCAUAGUGUUUAGAUAUACUUAGUGUUUAGAUAUGCAUACAAAGGGUUUAGAUAUACUUAGUGUUUAGAUAUACUUAGUGUUUAGAUAUACAUGCUUAGUGUUUAGAUAUACAUACAUAGUUUUUAGAUAUACUUAGUGUUUAGAUAUACAUAGGGUUUAGAUAUACUUAGUGUUUAGAUAUACAUAGGGUUUAGAUAUACUUAGUGCUUAUAUAUACUUAGUGUUUAGAUAUACAUACAUAGGGUUUAGAUUUACUUAGUGUUUAGAUAUACUUAGUCUUUAGAUAUACAUAGGAUUUAGAUAUACUUAGUGUUUAGAUAUACUUAGUGUUUAGAUAUACAUACAUAGGGUUUAGAUUUACUUAGUGUUUAGAUAUACUUAGUCUUUAGAUAUACAUAGUGUUCAGAUAUACUUAGUGUUUAGAUAUACUUAGUGUUUAGAUAUACAUACAUAGGGUUUAGAUAUACUUAGUGUUUAGAUAUAGGAUUUAGAUAUACUUAGUGUUUAGAUAUACAUAAGGUUUAGAUUUACAUAGUGUUUCAAUAUGUCCUAGUGAAGAUACGUUUCUUAUAAAACUCAUGAGAUUGCAUAAACAAUGAUCACUAGAGAAAUGUUAUUUUGGGGUGCCAUGCAAGUUCAGACAUUUGAUAAAAAAUAAGGAUUUGCAGUGAAACGGAAUCCGUUUACUAGUCACAGAGACAUUUUUAGUAAAUCUACUGUAAGACACAUUACAAGCCUGAAUAAGUAUAUAUUGCAUGUGUUGGCAUUACUACUACCUACACAGUUGGGAAAGUGAAUGCAAGGAAUGCGUGUGGGAUUCACUUUCCAAAAAAGUAUAGUUUAUAUAUUCUGUCUUACAAUACAAACCAUAUGGGAACUAUAUUAUUCACAUUGAAAUGAAAUGAAUCUAUUAGUGUAUAGGUGAAUUUUACAUUUUAGCCCAAACUAUAAAUAAUCUCUAGCUCAGAUAAUUCUCCAGGUUGUCUAUAUUGACUAACAAUGGGAAAUACCAUUUUUAUCUCUCCACAGUGUAGUGAAUACAGGGAGCAUACACUGAUAAUUUCACUGAUACACUGAUAAUUUCUCUUUAGUUUCAAGUAAGUCCCCAGGCUGUGUUUCCGAUACCAGAUCCAGUGCCCUCACGAGUUUAAAAUUAAGGAGUUUCUAAAGUCUGACCAAAAAUGGUCAGAUUUGGACCACUGGGGGGCAUAAUCGUUGAUCUGGUAACUAAAGUGCACUGGAUUUGAUUUUCUUACACAAAGGUAUAGUCUUUCAGUGAAUGAGAGAAAUAAUUAGAUUGACACUGCCAGGAACAGAAACUGCAACCUAGAGGUUUUAAUAAGUACUGCAAUAGAUGGAUUAACCAGAUCAACUCUCAUUAUUGGACCUUGAAUGUGUAAAUCAUUCCACUUGUCUGUCCUGGACUGCCAUGUGGUCAGUUGGAAAGGACUCACUUGUUAUACACAGCCUGGUAAUAUAUUCAUUUAUAUGAACAUGCUGGGCUGUUAUAUUUAAUUAAAAAGUCUAAAUUGUCAUGCAAAUAGAUAUAUUAGAAUAAUUAGCAGAACUGGGGCAUUGCUUGAAAAAGACUUGCAAUCUGUUCAAUCAGUGCAUUUACACAUUUUUACCAACAAUCCUCAUAUCUAAGAGGCAUUCACUCUAGUCUUGUAGUUAGGAGCUGUUUAAAUCUUAACAUAGUUAUACCCUGUGUGUGCCAGUGUUUGGUUUCCUAUACUGAAUUAGAAGUGACAUUUGAGAGUUUUAUUGGUGUACAUCAAUGUGUAGGGUUGAUAUCUGGGCCUUUAACUCAACCUAUGUGUUAUUUUUAUGGGCAUGGUAACUUGCUGGUGGUGCCCAUACUUCAUCUGUUGUCUGGAUAUAAUUAUAAAAAGCAAGACCAGUGAUCUGGAUAAUCAGUGCUUUGAGCACACCUAAUAUCACCAUGAAACAUACAUACAAGGAUUUACUGGGAACAGUGGAGAUGUUACAAGAAAAUUGCAAAUCUAGUCCAGAAAAAAUCCAGCUCAACUGUUCAGGUGGGACAGAAUAGAUACUUGUAAUGAUGAAGUAUAAAUUCUGUCUUAAUCUUUCAGAUGAAGAGAACGUGUAACCCUAUUGGGAACUAAUCAUAAUAUAUAAGUCAGUAAGGAUUUCUAUUCACAUAAGGGAUAGAAAAGUAUUAGUCUACCAUGGGGGUGGGGAACCUUUGGCCCUCCAGAUGUUUUGGACUACAUCUUCCAUAACGCUCUUACAGCCAUAAUGCUGGCAAAGAUUCAAGGGAGAUGUAGUCCAAAACAUCUGGAGGGCCGAAGGUUUCCCACCCCUGAUCUACCAGAUAGGCAUAGUACUGACAAUAUAUGAACAAAUGAAAUAAAAUAAAAAACACUUUAUUAGAUAUAAAAGAAUUAAAAAAACAAAAAAAAAACCCUGUGUCCCUAGUUAAAACAAACAAUCGAUAAUAGAUGUGCUCCACAACAAAAGUGCUAAUAGUGUAUCUGUGCAGGAGUUAGAUUCUGUCCACAGGCAUAUUCCAUAUAAUGAUGGUUGAAACUUUGGGCCUGUUACCAAACUGGCCAUAGAAGCCGAUCAUGCAGUCAGGUAAUGAUGGCUUUCAGUGGUGCCAAAGACAAAAUAGUAUAAAAAUAUUUAGAUUAUUAAUGAAAUAAUAUAAUAAUUCAAUAAUAACUAUUCACUGCUGCGGAAUAUGUUCUUAUACUAGCACACAACUGUACUAUAUACAUCACAAUAGAGUUCAUAAUGAUUAUAAUUUCAUGUUGGUAUCUGACACUACAUUUAAUCUCUUCAUGCAUGGAUUCCAGGUGAACGAAAUUAUAUUAAACUCCAGAAAACCUUUUUCUCCCACUAUUUAGAUAUAUUGUACCAUUCAUGCUGCAACCUUGCUUUAGAAGAAUUCCAAUAAUUGCAUAUUUUUUUUUACUUAAAGGAUAUCAUCAAAAUCCCAUUUAACAUGGCAAGGUGGGACACAGUUGUGGCUAAUUUAGUUUAAAGUUGGUAGGGCACUAGCCCCUUACUUUUAGGGCUCUGCCAAAUUAUCCUCAUGUACUCAACUCCUGACCCAAUGAGACAUCAUGCCCUGUUCAAAAACAUAAACAUGGGGAAAAAAAGAAGAUCCCCCAGCACAAUCCUUAUUCAGAACAAGUGUUCCUUUAUUGAGGUGCAAAAUAAAAUGGGUGGUGUGUUGCCCCCUAAGGGACUUUAUUAAGGCUCUUAGGGACAGAAAUGUCUCCCAUUUUAUUUGGCACCUCAAUAAAGGAACAACUGUUUUGAAUAAGGCCUGUACUGGGGGAUCUUCUCAUUUUCCUUUAUUGAAUUGACUGUUGGCAGAGCCAUGGUCAAUGCACCCUGGGGCUUAUUUGGGUCCUCGUUCCUUGUUAUACAAAACCCUAAACAUAACAGCAACUGCAUUUUAGCAGUAUCUCCAGCAUUAACAAAGGGGAGGAUGGGAACUGCAGUUUUUUUUUUUUUUUAACAUACAGUUAUCAUUGGUCCUUACAACAACAGUAGUCAUACCAGACCUCCACUGUACUGAGACAAAUUUCCAUUUAGUUUUUUCUGAUUUAAAAGUGUUCAAUGUGCCAUGAUGGAAUUGAGUAAUGAAAGCUGUAGUUAGUCUAAUAGAAUUUUAAUUAACAUAAUAAAUGCAGCUAUAGUUUGAAGAAAUGUAACAACAGCAGGCUUUCCUCCAAACCUGUUCUUUUAAAAUGUGACCACAGGGCUUCUGAGUUCUAAAGGUUGUGCUGUAUAAAUUGUUAUGGGUGGCAAAUAGGAUUUGUGGUUUACUCAUGGUACACUUUGGUGUUCUUCCCCACCACUUGGAUGUUGUUUGCCAGCCUACUUCUGAUUCUAAACAUUUGUGAUAAUGUGAUUAGCCAUACUUACAGAUAAAGGAAAAGAGAUUGCUUAUACAGUCAGAGCAAAGAAACAGAGAAGGGCACAUAUGUACUUUCAAGAUACUGCGAGUCUUACUCGGUAAAUAAUAAAUAAAAAUUUUCUUCCCUCAACUGCUGCUUGGCGGUUAUGAUGUGUGCAAACUGUGUAAGCUAUCCUGCUCACUGCAUGGGCCUGCAUGGUCCUUCUGUAAGUUAGUUCUGGCCCACAGUGUUAAGUAUGAUACUCUCUGUAGCUCCUACAUGUGGCAGCCAUCAAGCUUUGCCUCACAGUAUCGUGAGGUGAUUACAGAGCAAGACAAAAUUGUGGCUGGUAGGCAUUUAACAUGGUGGCUCCACCAGAUAGCCUGAUAAUGUUGUGGUGGAUGUCCAGGUUGGUCGAAUGUGAAAUACACCUGGACAUAUUUAUUAUACUACUCUGACCCUGUCUAUAAAAAUGAUGCUGAGCUCAGACUUACAAUAUACUAAGUGGUAGCAGACAUUAACUUUGUAAGAAGUUUAGAUUAUUGUGUUUUGACUGUCUCGUGAUUGGACAGAGGUCUGCUGAGCUGGACUAGUAAGGGCUUACAAUGAGGUACAGAAACGGGGAUAAACCAGGGGUGGUCUGAGAAGACUACUUCACUUUUAAUACUAACACUUAAAACAACGACCCUUCGAUAAGGGCAAAGUAUCAGGUAUAAUGUCAGUAUACAUAGGAAUGGUUAGAGGAUUAAUCUGCCUAUAACGCGUACUGCAGGGCUGUGUGCACUGUUGAGGGUCAUAAUGAAACACUUUUUUUAAAUUAUAGAAGAAAAAAAAGAUAAAGACACUAAACAGUCCUAAAGUGUCAAAUAUUGACAACCCAUCAAAAAUGAAAAAUAAAAGAAUUAGGUCAUAAAAAUGGAAACAAAGAAAACUAUACAUCAGAUUGUCUUUGAGGGAACCUAACACUAAGACUAGCUGGUACUAAAAAGUUAAGUUCUGAAAAAGCUGUCAGAUGUGCAUUACCCAGUGAAACAAACAUUUUAAAAGCCAGUGCCAUAAUUAAGGUCAGAGAAAAAUACAAAAGUAAACAGUUAGUUUUAUAAGCUGAUUUAUUCCUUAGCAUUCCUAUGUGCACUAACAUUAUACCCAAUACUCUUUUAUGGACUACCUUUGUCCCUUUAAAAGGUUAGUUCAUAAAAGUGGUCAUGGGCAUUUAUUUUUUAUUAUUAUCCCUGAGGUUAGCACUUAUAUCUCCUACUUUCUGUUUCUUGUUUUUUUUUUAUUUCCAGCUCGUUUUCCUUGUUCAAGAUCGUUUAUGUACUAUGCCUUACCAGACGGUAAUAUACCUUUAUAGAAAAAAACUGAUGUAACCUCCGGUUAAUAAUAAAAUAUCAUGAUAGGUCAAUUCUAGUAUUUACAACCAUAACUGUAGUAUUGGACAGUAUCAUGUUUAUUUUUAUUAUAAAGUAUAAAUGGCUGACUAGAAUGAUCUAAUUAUUUUUCUGUGAGUAUCAAGUAAAACUCUCAGGGGAAUUCUCCUUGUAUUUUUGGUCAUGUUUUGAUUUCCAAAUGCUUCUUUUUACAAUUGGGAUAAUCUGGAAUGGAAACAAAAUGCCCACCAAAGAACACAGAACUUCUUCAAUUUCACUGGGUUGAAAUGCUGGUGCAGUAGGACACUAAAUAAUUAUAUCUAAACAGUUUCUAUCCUUAAAUCGAACAGUCUUAGGAAAUGACUUGGAUAAAGUGGCCGUUUAUGUGAUAUGUUAUUGAAAAUGGUUAAUGCACGAUUAAAGUUUUAUUCAAUUACCCAAAUCUUGUUCGCCGUUGAUGGUGGAAUUAAAAUCUUAGUUUACAAUAAGCAGUGGCGUCACAAGGGAGGCGCAUCACGGAGGGAUGAGUGGUGACACCCAGGGCCGGCGCUUCCUAUAGGCAACUUAGGCAGUUGCCUAGGGCACACCAGCCAAGGGGGCAAGGUUUGAGUGAACCGGCAGGAGGGAGGCAUACAGCUCUCCCUUCUGCCAGUCACUCAGUGUAGCAUGGCCGGGUGGCAGACCGCGAUACAGGAGCAUCUGUUUCCUGUACAUGAGCGGACUGACAGGAAGUACUCACUGUGAGAGCACUUCCUGUCAGUCCGGCCGAGUACAGGAAACAGAAGCUCCAAUACCUCAGUCCGCUGCCCGCACCGCCGGGCCACGCUACAAAGAUAGGUAGGAGCCACAAGGGAGGCCACUAAGAGGGGAGGAGGAGGAGGAGGAGGAGGAGGAGAGAAGGACAGGAGGAGAGACCUCUAAGAGACCUCUAGGGGACAGGAGGGCAGACCUCUAAGGGACAGGAGGGGAGACAAGGAGGCCCCUAAGGGACAGGAGGAGGAGAGGAGAUGAGACCACUAAGGGACGGGUGGAGUGAGAGAGAUCAUUAAGGGAUGGGGAGAGUAAGAUAAACAUAGAAGCUGAGGAAGGGGUGAAAGAGAAGCAGAGGGGCUCAGGAGAGAGACACACAGAGUCACUUGUGAGGGAGACACACAGUGGAGCCUGGGGGGAAAAGAGAAACGCAAAGGAGCUGGGAAGCAGGCCCGGACUGGCCAUCGGGCAUACCGGGCAAAUGCCCUGUGGGCCGCGAUGGCCGUGGGGCCGAGGCCGGCAGGGGAUCUCCCCGGCUGGCCCCUGCAGGGCCAGCGCUAUCCGAGCGCCGGCCCUGCUGUGUGCCUCCGUGGGCCGGUGGGGAGAUCAAAGAUCUCCCUCACCGGCCCAGAGGCAGGGAGAUGCGGCCGCCGGCUGGGUGAGGGAGGGAGGGAGGACCCGGCGGAGCUCUAACAAGCAGCUCCGCCGGGUCCUCUCGCGGGAUUCUGAGCGUUGCCGCGGCAACGCUCAGAUCUCGCGAGAGUGAACUCUAACCUGCAGGUUAGAGUUCACUCUCACCACUGGACCACCAGGGAAGGAUGGCAGAACGGCUCCCCUCCCUCCAUGGCAGAACAGCACGGCUCCCCCCCCCUCCCAGGAUAAAGGUAAGAAGUGAGGGGGGGGAAAUAAUUUUUUUUUUUUUUUAGUAAAAAAAAUAUAUGUCAAUUUAAAUAAAAAAUACAUUCACUCACACACAGCCCAGACACACCCAGACACAGCACCCCCAGACACACACAGCACCUCCAGACACACACAUCACCCCCAGACACACACAGCACCCCCAGACACAGCCCCCAGACACAGCCCCCAGACACACACAGCGCCCCAGACACACACAGCGCACCCCCAGACACACAGCGCACCCUCAGACACACAGCGCACCCUCAGACACACAGCGCACCCCCAGACACACACAGCGCACCCAGACACACAGCACCCCCCAGGCACAGCACCCCCCAAACACACACAGCACCCUCACUCACACACACAGCACACUCCCACACAUAUACAGCACACACAUAUAUAUAUAAAAUAACCCUCAGUGAGUUAACAAAGAAAAUUAGAAACCUAGAAUGUGACAGCAGAUAAAAACACCCUCACACACAGCACCCCUCUUACAUACACACACUGCACCCCUCACACAUACAAUAAGUCCAAAUAAAUAUAUAUAUAUAUAUAUAUAUAAACAUACACACACACACCCACACACACACCCACACACACUACAGCACCCCUCACACUGCACCACUACACACAUUACGCUCCAGAUACACACUAGAUCCCUUACCCUAUAUGCACUCUUAAUCCUCUACACACACACACACACACACACACACACUGGGUCCUUUGCACAGUAGAUCUCCUACACACACACACUACAUUCCUUGUCAGCAAACACAUACAACAUUCUCUAAACACACCCUCUCUGCAACCCCUACACACACUACGUCACCUAUACACACACACUUCAGCCCGUAUGCACACACUCGCUGCAUCCCCUAUAAAACUAUGCCCCCUAUACACACACUCUCUACAGCCCCUAGCCACACAUAUUACACCACAAACACAAAUUAAAUUGACCUAUUUAUACAAUACCACACCACACUCUACACACACGCAAUCCCACAAGCAGGCUCCAAACAUAUGCACCAUGCACUUUCCUGGCCCGUUUGUCCUCUGGUAUCCCACUUGUGGAGACACCAGAGACAAUUUAAAAGCAAACACAGCGCAAGCAUGUUAUUAAAUUUGCUUGCGCUGCGCAGAACAAAUUCAGGGCCUUUUUCUAAUGCCAGAGCUUUUCAGCGGGGCUCUGCGCAUUGAACCAACAUGCUCACUUUGAGAGGGGGCGUGUUGUCAUGUUGUCAUUAGUGAUGACAAAACACACACUCUCUGGCCCCGCCCCCUUCUUAGGGGGCCGCUCUGAUUGAAAAAUGCCCGGGACUAAUUUUUUUCCCAGUCCGGCCCUGCUGGGAAGAGUAAGACACAAAGGGGUUGGGAGGAUUUAGGAGACAUACAAAGAGGGGGGGUAAGAGACAAACAAGGAGCUUGUAAGAGAUAAACUAAAGGGGGUGUAAGACACAAAACUUAAAGAAAAAAAUAUACAAAAAAAUCAUAUUAACAAAAAAUUAUAUUAAUAAAAUAAAUAUAGCCCCUAUCCUACCCCACAUACCCUCUCUUUCACACUACACAUACACAAUGCAUCCUUACACAUACACAGAAACACACAAUGCAUCCCUACUCACACACAGACACACCGAGACAUACAAUGCAUCCCUUACACACACACACACACGCAAUGCAUUCCUUACACACAAACACACACUGAAUCCCCUAUACACACACACACACACACACACACUACAUCCCUUACACAAAUUGGUAUCCCUAUACACUACAUUCCAUAAGAACACACAUACACAUUACAUCCUCUACAGUAACACACAACACAUCCCCUACACACAUACACUCCACUCCCUGUGAGCGAACUCAUGUGUGGGCCAUGUAGGUGGACUUAUUGGCAGGCCUUGUAGGCAUACUCACGGUCAGGCCCUGGCGACCCAGACAUUGAGUUGUGUAAGGGGCCAAAGAAAAUUGAGCUGCUUCCUGUUCAUUGAUUUUUGUGAACACUAUUAUAAACAGCCUCCAGAGAGCGUGUUCUACACUAGACCAGUGGAACCACUGCCCAUCAUCAUCCUCUUGUCCUCAUCUGGUGGUAAUAAGGCAAUCCAGUAUAUUAUUAGUGGCACCAAUCUCUAAUUUACCUCACUUUAAAGGGACACUGUAGUCACCAGAACCACUACAGCUUACACAUUAUUAAGGGGGUUGGGGUAAAACCGUGAGUUACUGCACCUGGUGACACCAACCCUAGUGAUGCCACUGACAAGAAGCCAUUUUAAAAAAUUCCUUUCUGUCCAGUUCUCUUUAGUCUUGGAAUAUCCAUUUAGUAUUCUGAAUAACUGUAUCUAAAUUAAUUAAAAACAUACAUUAUAUAUAUAUAUAUAUAUAUAUAUAUAUAUAUAUGUAUAUAUAUAUAUAUAUAUAUAUAUAUAAACAAAAACAGAUGUUUUCUUCAAAGUUUACAUUAUUAGAAACAUGUACAACGUUCUGGGAACACUCACUCCCUUUUUGGUAACUGUGAGUCUGAGAACAUUUUCACUCUAUUUGUAGAUAAAUCAUGGUUGGUUGCCAGAAGUAAACUGCACAAAUAACUGUCUAGGCUUUUCCUAGAAUUCUCCACAUUUUUGCAGACUUAACAUGUCUGGGAUGCAAAGCUCAUAGUAAGUUUAAUUUGUAAUAUCAGAUAAGCUGGGCAGAUACUUAAGCAAAUAUGGUGAAAAAAGUUAGUCUUGUGGGUGCAGCUUUAUGAUGUGAAAGUUCAAUCAUACAGUGGAAGAACUUUGAAAAGUACAGUGCAUUCAAAUGCAUGCCAACAAGCAUUACUUUUAAACAAGUACAUGUUAGUUUUACAGUAGUUAUAGGUAUUUUAAAGAGUAGCUUUAGUAAUACACAAUAUUACAAUUCAUGUUAAUACCUUAAAGGGAAACAAUGUUCUUAAAGGGAUCCUAUAGUGCCAGGAAAACAAACCUGUUUUCCUGGCACUAUAGGCUCUUAGAGUGCCCCCCUCCCUCGGCGCUGAAGGGGUUUAAACUCCUUCAGCCACUUACCUUAAUCCAGCGCGGGGCUCCCUCAAUGCUGGUGACCUCCUCUCCACGCCGACGUCAGCUCUUGAGUGGAGCCAAAUGCACAUGUGCGGCCAGAGGCGGGUGCGCAUUCAAACCCGCCCAUAGGAAACCAUUACUCAAUGCUUUCCUAUGGGGAUCUUUUUUUAAGCUACAAAUUGCGAUUUACUCCGUGUAAAUUGCGGAAGCAGCUCUAGUGGCUGUCAGGGAGACCGCUACUAGAGGCUGGAUCAACCCUUCAGUGUAGACAUAGCAGUUUCUCUGAAACUGCUAUGUUUUUAGCUGCAGGGUUAAAACUAAGGGGACCUGGCACCUAGACCACCUAAUUGAGCUGAAGUGGUCUGGGUGCCUAUUGUGGUCCUUUAAUAUUAUAUUUACCUAUCCACUUUAUUUAACAAAUAUGUGUUUGCGCGGAGUGAAAUAUUAAAUGAAAUAUGAAAUUUCACACCUCUUUAUAGAGAAAUUGGGUGCCUCCAUCAUGGUUUUCUGUUAAUCGUUGUUGGAAACAUCUUCCUUUUCACCUGGAGGACAGCACUGAGAAAGUAUACAGAGAAGAUGAGAAAUAAAACAAUGUAUGUAAUGUAUGCUGUGGAUGUGUCAGGACUGAAAAAGAUUGUGAUGUAAAUUGCUAAAUCUUUAAUAUAAAUGUAUAGAAAAUAGAGCUUUGCAUUAAAAAAAUGUAAACACAGGUUAUAAGUAACUUACAAUGUCUUAUUACAUGGUGUAAUUCCCUAACUGUUCUCCGUUCAGUAAAAUAGUCUAUUCUUCGCUUCCAUAGCAUUCUGUUCUGUAAAGGAUCCUGUGUACAAAUGGAAUGAUGACCAGUAAAGGCAACACAGAGCUGCCUGUGAUAAAUAAGCAGGACAUUCCCUGUUACUGUAAGGAACCAGAUUGUUGUGAUGGUAAAGUGUAACAUGUGCCCCCUAAAGGGUUAUUCUAAGCAACAUAACCACUAGGAAGAUAUGAAUAAGAUAUUCAUGGAAUUGAAUUGUUUGAAGACACACCACUAGGAGGCACUAAAUAUAUAAAGAGACGUGUAAAGAAGAAAAUGGGCAAUUAAAAAUCAGCACACAAACUUUUAUGAAUUAAAAAAAUAAGAAAUAAAAACAAUAUAGAAAUCCACAAAAUAAUUGCAAUUUAAAGUUUGCUAAAGAGAUAUUUAAACACCAAAACCUAUGCAGAAAGUAUAAACACUAAAAUGAAUAAAAAUAAAAGCUAGUAAACUGUAAAAAAAUAAAUAAAUAAAUAUAUAUAUAUAUAUAAACUUAUAUAAACUUUAAAAAAGACAACUUAAUUAUGAUACAAGAAAAAAAGCAUACAUUAGAUGGUCCAAUGAUGAACACUGUCAUAGGAAAACAUGUAUAUUAUGUUCUUGAAUGCAAAAUAACAUAUUUAAUGAAAUGAAGAAAUUCUCUGCACUUGCCUUAUUGUAUUUGUUACAUAAAAUACUGUAUAUAACACAAUUGCAGUAAAAAUGUGUUUUAAACAGAAAUAUGUUCAGAAUAUGUUAGUUCCUUAACUAUCGGGAUAAUCAGUAACAAAACCAUAAUAAUCCAAUGCUAAUGAACAACCUUAAAAACUUGACUACAAAAGUCCCUCAUAGAUUUAUAAUGAGCUACAAAUGUUCUUCUUAUCAUCUAGGUUGAAUGUUAUUCAAUUAAUUCAUAGCCAUGUACUUGUUAUAUAUAUAUAUAUAUAUAUAUAUAUAUAUAUUUAUAUAUAUAUAUAUAUAUAUAUAUACACACGUAAAGGGUUAUUCCAAGUACCAUGACCACUUGUUAGCUCAGAGAUGUAUAACUGUGCUUAAAGGAUUGAAAGGUUAAUUACACAUCCUUACACACUUAAAGGGUUACUCUAAGCACCAUAGCCGCAUUCACUGAUCAUUGACCAUAUAUGUAGCAUUUCAGUUUCAAAUGCUGCACAUAAAGAUUUAAAGCACUGAGCUGCUGAAACUGUAACUCCACCCCUGGUAUUGUUCUGGGCUGGCUACAGUCAAUUCUGUGCAUAUUUGGCAUAUGUCAUCAGCAUGCAUAGUAUUCUGGUAAUAGACAGCCAAUGGUGUGAAUAACCUAAGAGAAAUUGGAUAAGUAGAGGUCAGAAAUGGUGGUUACAGAUCCACCUAUAUAGGGCUUAACCCAAAAUAGAAAAUACAGAAAUCAAGAUAUAUUAGGAGUAUCUAAGACAAGAGACUCCAAACUGAUUUUAGAUAAAGCAGUAAAUAAAGAAAUAUUCUAUAAUAAAUAAAUUCCCAAAUUAACACUGAGUAUCAAUACAUAACGUAAGCCUCUAGCCCUGAUAAUAAUUAGGGAUGCUGCAGAAAAUUGAAAAUGCACAAAUGCUUUAUUAAAUUACAAAAAAACAAAGCAGCAAAAUUCCUAAAUAAGGGCAGGAGUGUCUUACUGAUUAAAUCUACAAAUAGACUAAGGAGGGAUAUACUAGCCAUAUGAAUAAAAUAAACUGCAGGUAGAUAUUAAAGGAAGGGGGUCCACCAGGAAUAAAUAUGUACUAAAGUUGUAACAAUAAUAAUAAAAGACAAAUCAAGGACCCUAUUAGGACUAUAUAAUAGCCCUGCAGUUGAUAGUCAACAGAUUCCAAUAGGAAAUACUGCCUGAUACAAAGGCUAAACUGCAACUGCUAGUUAGGCAAAUGCUCAAUAGCUGAGUCUGAUCUAAAAUGAUUUUAACUCAUCUAAAAGGAAUGGAAAGUAACACAGACGAUUGUACGUAGGCUUAGUCUGAUGCUGCAAAGAUCUAAUAAGACAUCUAGAAGUAAAUAAUAAAUAAAAAAAGGAGCGGAGGAAAGAUAAAUUUCUAUAAUGUCCCUAUUGCUCCUAAAAAUAAACGCCUUCGAGGGCGUUCUAAUCUGUCCCUGGCUAGUAGAGCAGAUAGCCGAUAGAGUAUAGCUGUAGGUCCCCCCCCCAUAUAGAAUAGGAUAAUCAGUGCUAACAAAACAUUAAACAAAUAAUAAGGUGGUUCAAAAACCUAGUGCCACCAUAAGUGAAAGAAAGUGAAAGCUAAGCUAGAGCCCGACGCGCGUUUCGGUGCUUCAAAUGGUGUGAAUAAUACUGAUUGUGUGAUAAAAAAAAUAGUCGGCCCUCAUGUAACUAAAAUGUUUUAAAAUGCUCUAAGUUAGGGUUUCUAUUCUCAACCCGGGGAGAUAUUUCUUUAAUCCUAAACCAGUCCAAACUUGAUUUAGUCAGCCAAACCCUGCCUACUGAGAGUUAGCUGUGACAACAGGUAGCUUUAUUACUGUUAUACAGCCUGGGUUACAAUGCACUCGGGUAGCUGCACAAAUUGCCAGGGACCCUCACCUGACUCAGGGUGAACAUGUAUGGACCGGACAUUAUACUGGAGGACUAUGGUACUUCAGGCCUCCCUCCGCCCCCUGCAACGAUGCCAGUUCUUUCAUACUUAAUAUUAAUACAUGGAUACUUGUAUGAAGAUAUUAUACAUUUAAGAUAUUUUGAGCAGACUUGGUAAUAAACUUUAUCUUUGAGCUCUCAAAUUAAAAGGCUUUGGCAGAUAAGUAGUCCUUCUCAUGCUAAAUAAACAACAAUCAAAUAUUGCUUCAGUAGAUUACCAGUUGCGUAGUUUAAGCAUGGAUGAAUACAUAUGUGUCAUGUAUUGACCCUCUAGGGAUACAUUUCACUAAAAUGUUGUGUUGCUUUAUCUUGCUGAUUAGCAUUUACCCUGUGUUAUUGUCCAGCUGUUAAAAUCCAGAAUUAUUCAAUACUGGAGUUGCAGCUAUAUGCCAGAGUUGCUAUUAAUUAUGUAAACUCAUUUGUUAUGUAUAUAACAAUAAAACAAUGGUCUCCAAGUCUCAUAAGGCUCACUGAAAUGCUUACUGUUUCAUGGAUAAUACGGUCCUCCGCUACGUAGGAUUUAUGAAGUACCCUACUCCAGGGAGGUAGAGUAAUGUCACUAUCGGGGGAGGGAUGGGGAAGGGGGUCAGGCUGCAGGAGAACUUUGAAUUAGUGAUGUAACUGGAGUCAAUUUUAGCUAUUUUAAAAAAAAUAUAUAUUUUUGGGUAAGGGGGAGGACCCGUGGAGUAACCCCUUGAUUUUGUAAAUAAUUUAUGCCAUAUUAUUUCCAAUGUUUAUACAAUUUUUGAACGUUUUUCUUAAUCCAUUUGUCUUAAUACAUUUAUUUAAUAGAAUACUUAUAGACUGCCAUUUUUUCUGUAAAUAUAAAUUCUCUAUUUGGAUUAGACAUUAAUAUGACAUUAAUAAAUAAUAAACAUUAAUAAAUAUGUUGCUACUGUGUGUUUACAUUAUAAUUAUUAUAUUAUGAGAUUGGUAUACAUGACAGUUCAUAGUAAAGUACUCUAUAAUAAAUUCCUCUGGUAUAUCUAAAGCACUGUUUUUAAAUAUAUAAAUUUUUGUUGCAUUUUCUUAUUUCUCAAUUUAAGGUCUUCCAGAUUUGGUUCCAGACCCUUACUAUAUCCAGGCAUCUAUCUAUGUCCAAAAAAUGUCAAUGUACAGUCUGCGGUGCGCUGCUGAAGAAAACUGUCUGGCAAGGUCAGUAUCAACAGACGUAGAAAAAAACAUUUUGCUAUUCUUUUACCGUUUAUGA